UUGCUGGGAUUUUUUACGAGCAGGAUUUAUCAGUCAGAGCAGAUAAUCAUGACAGCGGCUGGGGGAUCUCAUUUUUUAUCUUUUAUCAGGGCAUAAACCUGUCUUUCGUAAAAGUCUCUGGUUUAGUCGUGAAAUCCCCUGAAGGAGGUUCUCUCCACUCUGCGUCCUGUAGAGACGCAUUAGUUGCAUUUCUCCAUUAGGUGGCCUCAGCGACCCACUGCACCUGACUGUUGUGUUCUGAUUUUAGAACCUGGAUCACGACUUUAUUAAACUACACUAAAAUGGUCAGAUUAAGAGAAAACGCUGGUGAGAAGAGUUGGAUUUAAAAGGGAAUUUGGCACUUUUUAACCUCUAAUCUCUGCGUAAAGAGGCACUCGUGACAAGUGAAGACUUAACGAUUGCAGCUGUUAUACAGAAAUACACAGAGAUUUGUCGCCACAGUCGCACGCUUUCAUUCCUGCUUCACUUUCUGUUGAAUGGGGCAGCGUGAGAGCGCACGGUGGGAAGCUGAGCUCUUCGGGGUUUGGCCGCAGACGCGCACUGUGGCUGCAGGAGGACGCAGCCAGAGCGCUGAUGGCUGAGUGACAUUUCAAUCCCGCGGUGUGUUGUCAUUUCUGCACAAUAGCGAGCGACGUGGAGCCCGUGGAGGACACAAUCGGACCGUCCUUUUGCGCUGUUGUUGUUGGAUGUGGACACUGGAUGGCCUCUGGAUGCACUUUGCGCAGGGAAGUUCGCGUGGAAGCUAUCGGACGUUUGUUUUUACAUGUGAUGUCAAGCGACAGCUGACCGCAUCUCUGGAUGCUGGUGAGUUCACUCACUCAGAAAGAAGAUUCCUAAAAUCACCCUGAUUUUGGACUCCGGGCAACACAGGAGAAUCAGUCAUUACACUGAGGAAUUAAGUCACCACUAACCUUUCAUCACUGCAGCUCAAAUGAUGUCAAAUCUAAUUUACAAAAUCAGGAAUCAAAUGUCCAGUUCGGAGAGGAUUGGCCUCGGACAUCCAAUCUUAUCUUUUACAGGAAGAUGCAAUGUAGGAGAUUUUUUGCGAGGCUGGAGAACAGGAGCCUCCUAGAUUCUAAUCUUGUGGAUGAAAAUGUAGCACUAUGACAUAAACUCCUCAAACCCGCACAUGUUCAGGGAUGGAUCUUGUGAACUUUACGACUGUCAUCGACAAUGGUUUUUUGGAUGAGGCGCCAUCGAGCCGCGUCCUGACUGGCUGCUUCCUCUCGCUGCUCAUUCUCACCACCUUGCUGGGGAACACACUGGUUUGUGCAGCCGUCACCAAGUUUCGACACUUGCGCUCUAAGGUGACCAACUUUUUCGUGAUCUCGUUGGCCGUGUCCGACCUCUUGGUUGCCAUCUUAGUGAUGCCGUGGAAGGCGGUAACGGAGAUCACCGGGUUCUGGCCGUUUGGCUCCUUUUGUGACACCUGGGUGGCUUUCGACAUCAUGUGCUCCACGGCAUCCAUUUUAAACCUCUGCGUCAUAAGCCUGGACCGCUACUGGGCCAUCUCCAGCCCCUUUCGCUAUGAGAGGAAGAUGACACCCAGAGUGGCCUAUGUGAUGAUCAGCGUGGCCUGGACACUGUCUGUCCUCAUUUCCUUCAUCCCGGUGCAGCUCAACUGGCACAAGGCCCAAACUAAAUCUUACACCCCUCUCACUGGGUCAUCUGUCUCUCUGAGAUCAAAUGUUACAUCUCACAGCAGCCUAGAGAAUUGUGACUCCAGCUUGAACAGGACCUACGCCAUCUCCACCUCUCUCAUAAGCUUCUACAUCCCUGUGGUCAUUAUGGUGGCCACCUACACUCAGAUUUACCGCAUUGCCCACAGACAAAUCAGGAGGAUCUCUGCCCUGGAACGGGCGGCCGAAAGUGCGAAGAACAGACACGACAGCAUGGGCGGAAGUUCCAGCAUCGCAGAGUCCGAGAGCUCUUUCAAAAUGACAUUCAAGAGGGAGACAAAGGUGCUGAAGACGCUGUCUGUGAUAAUGGGGGUGUUCGUGUGCUGCUGGCUCCCAUUUUUCAUCCUCAACUGCAUGGUGCCCUUCUGCGAGCAGUCGAGCGGAGGGGAGGCUUUCCCCUGCAUCAGCCCCACCACGUUUGACGUGUUCGUGUGGUUCGGCUGGGCUAAUUCCUCCCUCAACCCCAUCAUCUAUGCCUUCAAUGCAGAUUUCCGCAAGGCCUUCUCCAUCCUGCUGGGCUGCCAGAGACUGCAUCCAGGAGGCCACAACAUAGAGACAGCCAGUCUAAACAAGAAAUGACUCAUGACUCUCUCACAGCACUGACUCAUCCCUUAAUUCUAAGAGUCCAGGAGUUCCUGCUGCAGCCAGUCUCAUCAACUUCAUAUCAGGACGCCGCUCGCUGUGCUAACUCUUUGAUUGACUGAAUGAUACUGUGACCUUGUAUGUGGCCACGUUUGGAUUAGGUGAGUGGUCUGCCUGUUGUGCAGACUGUUUAUGCUCACCGUGGUUGCUACGCUGACUUCAGAAGACAGAAGCUCCUGAAAAAUGAGCGGGGAUUUGGGAUUAAGUCUCCCCCGCUGUUAUGCCUGAGAUCUGGGAGUGCAACAGCGCUGACACACUCCUGGAAUAGAUAAUCCCAUGACUGGGCAGCCUAAUGGUGUCACACAUUGCUCUCUUCAGUACCAUCAUACGCAGAUACACAAAAGGAAACACUGUCAAAACAUGCUCCUUCAAAUACAGUGUAACUGUAGAACCCAGCAUGCACAUGACAGCUAACAGCUAAUUACAUCACAGCACACAGAAACACUCAUUACAUUUAAAUCCCGGGCUCUGCAAGGACCCCUGCAGUAAAGCAACAAACCAAAUCACACUGAGCAAAGGUACAGGUAAAAUACAUCCACAAGUGACUUAAUAUUACAGCCAGAAUGAAAACAGGUUUGAUCUAAUAUAUAAAUGUUUGAAAAGAGAGCUUGCAGAAGUGGAGAUUUAUGAAAAUGUAACACAGACAUGAAAAAUGCAGCUUUUCAAACUGCAGAUUGUCUCACUGUGUAUAUGGGUUCAUAAAUGUUAUUUAUAUAUCAUCCAAAUGUCAAAUUGUUACAACUUUAAACCCAAUUUACUCAACAGGCACCUCAUGAAUUAUUUGUUCACUGCUUGAAAGUGUUUUAUGGAUGAGUGUCUCAUAUUACCUCGUGUGUCCUGUAUUUUUCCUGAACAACAGCUGAUGACCUCUUUUAGGUAAAGGCUCUGACAAAGGUCUUUGUGUGACUUGAUUUGGACGUCGAACACAUCAGAUAACAGCUGAAUUAGGUUUGAGUCAAACUGCUGCUCUUUAUAUUGAAAUAUUCAAGGAUUAUCAACAUGGGUCUUGUUCUUACAGGUUUGGCUCUGAUAUUUCUAUUUCAGUUUAAUUACCAAAUCAAAUCAGAAGCUGCCAGAUGAUCAAACAGGUCGCAAACAAGCCCUCGGUUUAGAUUAUUAAAUCCACCUUGUUAGGAGCGCAUUGGAAAGAACACAUGAAAUGUCGCUACUAAUCCUUAAUAGCACAAGAGAACUGUAUGGCUUGUACCAACCAGGGCAGUCACUCAAAAUUUAGGUUAGAAAGACAAAGAACAAGAAUAUAAUUUAUUUGAAUGAAUUUCAAAACAAAUUGCAACUUUCACUGUAGAAUAAAUGUUCAGUUCAUUCAAUUGCUCUUCCCUCUUUCCUUGAAAAAUAAACUAAUGCAGCUGAAAUGCUUCUAUGAAGUCAGGAAACAGUUUUAAUAUUGUCCAUUAUUGGAGCUGUAACCUGGUUUAUUAAGCACAUGAUUUGCAAUAAAUUAGAUGAACAGUGCAUUUUAGAAAUGUCUGAAUUCAUUUCAUGUUGUACUUACACAUUAUAAGUUUUUAACAAAUAAUUACAGACAUGAUUUUCAUUAUUUUUCUACUUUGAAUGCACUACAGAUUGACUUUCAAAUAAAAACAGACACAACUAAGGGAAGCGGUGUACAUCCACGUUGAAUGAGGAAGUCAGUCUGUUUGGUUAAUAAUUACAGCUUCCUUUUUUUUUCAAGUGUUUUUUUUUCUUUUUUCUUCUGCCAUAUAAAUUUGACUAAGCUGAGGGUUUGUUCUCCAGCCUGUGAUCUAAUUAUCUGACUGCUUGUAUUUCUCGUUAGAUGUAUUUUUAGAGGUCUGAUCCCAGACCUCAGGAGAUGAACAAAUAGUUCCACAUUUGGAAAAUAUGCCUAUUAGCUUAACAGUUAACUGAUUUCAGAUCGAAUGGAAUUAGCAAUGAGACUAAUGCUGUGAUUCAUUUUUAUUUAAUUCGAGCAGAUUAAAACUUUCUCAGGCUGUAUAUUUUUGCCUGUUGACCAAUUAGCAGUAUGUUGUUCAGGCAUUAAUGUUGUGGUUCAACUGAGAUAAGCCAAGUCUCACUACUGUUUCUCGAGGGAAAAAUUUAGCUAGAGACGAAAACCGAUUUUUGUACCAGGCUGUAAACAUAUUUAUUUGUGCUGUAAAGUUGCGCAUUUUAACAUCUUGGUCUAUGGGAAUAGACUCUUUUGGAGCCAGAUUCAAGCAGUCAUUCGAGGAACUGCAUAUAACUUGGUAUAAAACCACAACUUUAAAUCAGAUUAUUUACAUAAAAUGCUUAAAACAGUGAGCUUCAGAAGUGCUGGUAAACUUUAUUUUUUUUAAUGUCUGGACAUAGCCAGUUAUUUUCCUACUAUUUCCAAAACACUUUGCUAAGUUAAGCUAACCCUCUUUUGGCUUUCAUGUUUCACAGACUGACAUGAGAAUAUUACCGACCUUCUAAUCCAUCUCUUGACAGAAUCAUUCACAACUGACAGAAAUUAGGGCCAGAACUAUGAGAAUAAGACCCAGGACUUAAUACCACUGCAAGAAUUAACAUGAAGAACUGGAUGGAUCAUCAGCAAUGAGUGAGGAUUACUGACGCAAACACAUAUGUAGGUGUGUAUUAAAGUUAUUACUUUAGAAUAUGCAGGUUUGACCAUUGCGUACCUGUUAUGUUGCAUUCAUAACUGUGUAACCCUUCAGAAGAAACAGUUGUGGGUGUCUGCUUCAGCCAUGUGGAAACAUCUCAAAGCACAGGUUAAUAAACGUUUGUGUCCAUUUUUCUAAA